CAUUCUCGGGAACGUAGUGGAAGUGAGACCUGAUCUCGCCGGAACCCCUAGAAUGUCGGAAAAUUGCGCACUCCGGCGAGCUAACGUUCUCGCUAAUCACAUACUCCAGUCACCUCCUCAGCCUUGGAACAACUCCCUCGCGCGCGAGGCAUGCUUGCAGUACACGCCACCGGAGGUCAACGAGAGCUAUGGCUUCCAAGUCAAGGAGAUGAGGAAACUCCUCGACGGACACAAUUUGGAGGACAGAGACUGGCUGUACGGGAUCAUCAUACAGAGCAAUCUGUUCAACAGGAAGGAAAGAGGAGGAGGCAAGGUGUUCGUAUCGCCAGAUUACAAUGAGACGAUGGAGCAGCAGCGCGAGAUCAGCAUGAAGCGGAUCAUGUACUUUCUCGAGAAUGGUGUCUUUAAAGGAUGGUUAACAGAGACUAGUCCUGAGGCUGAGCUCAAGAAGUUUGCUCUCUACGAGGUUUGCGGGAUGUAUGAUUACUCCCUAUCCGCCAAACUCGGUGUUCAUUUCUUGUUAUGGGGUAAUGCUAUUAAGUUCUUUGGGACAAAGAGGCAUCAUGAGAAGUGGCUGAAAGACACUGAAGAUUAUCUUGUCAAGGGCUGCUUUGCAAUGACUGAGUUAGGCCAUGGAAGUAAUGUGAAGGGAAUUGAAACAGUGACUAGUUAUGACCCAAGAACUGAGGAGUUUGUGAUAAACACUCCUUGUGAAUCUGCUCAGAAGUACUGGAUCGGUGAGGCAGCUAUUCAUGCAAACCAUGCAAUUGUGAUUUCUCAGCUUGAGAUAAACGAAACCAACCAAGGGAUUCAUGUAUUUAUAGCUCAGAUCAGAGAUCAAGAUGGAAACAUAUGUCCAAACAUCCACAUUGCUGACUGUGGACACAAGAUUGGUUUGAAUGGUGUUGACACUGGCCGGAUAUGGUUUGACAAUCUUCGGAUCCCAAGAGAGAAUUUACUGAACUCAGUUGCUGAUGUUUCACCUGAUGGAGAGUAUGUUAGCGCUAUUAAAAAUCCUGAUCAGAGAUUUGGAGCAUUCUUGGCCCCUUUGACCUCUGGUCGUGUCACCAUUGCUUCAUGUGCAAUUUACUCUGCAAAGGUGGGAUUAGCUGUUGCUAUAAGAUACUCACUAUCAAGAAGAGCCUUCUCUAUUGUAGCCAAUGGUCCUGAAGUGCUCCUUCUUGAUUAUCCAAGCCAUCAAAGACGACUUUUACCACUCCUUGCAAAGACAUAUGCUAUGAGUUUUGCGGCAAAUGACAUAAAGAUGAUGUACGUGAAGAGGACACCUGAGACCAACAAAGAGAUUCAUGUUGUCUCAAUGGGACUAAAAGCUCUUCUCACCUGGCACAAUAUGCGAACCCUUCAGGAAUGUCGUGAGGCUUGUGGAGGGCAAGGUUUGAAAACAGAGAAUCGAGUUGGUCAUUUAAAAGGCGACUAUGAUGUGCAGACUACAUUUGAAGGUGACAAUAAUGUUCUGAUGCAGCAGGUAAGCAAGGCACUUUUUGCUGAGUAUGCGUCGUGUAAGAAGAGGAACAAACCUUUCAAAGGAUUGGGAUUGGAACACAUGAACAGUCCUCGUCCUGUAUUGCCUACUCAACUCACAUCUUCUACCCUCAGAUGUAGCCACUUCCAGAAAAAUGUAUUCUGCUUAAGAGAGCGAGAUCUUCUAGAAAGAUAUACUUGUGAAGUUGCAGAGCUUCAAGAGAGAGGAAAAAGCAGAGAGUUCUCCUUCCUCUUGAGUCAUCAACUUUCUGAAGAUCUAAGUAAAGCUUUUGCGGAAAAAGCAAUCCUACAAGCCGUUUUGGAUGCUGAAGCCAAACUGCCUGCUGGCUCCAUUAAGCACCAUCUAUUUUGAUGAUGGGAUGUGGUGGGUCUUGUAAGAUCAAUGUACGCAUUGAUCUGCAUGGAAGAAGAUCCAUCGUUCUUGAGAUAUGGUUACCUCUCAAGGGACAGUGUUGGAGAUGUGAGGAGAGAAGUUUCUAAGCUUUGCAGAGAGCUUAGACCACACGCGCUUGCACUUGUCACUUCAUUCGGAAUACCAGACGCGUUUUUGGGACCGAUUGCAUUUAACUGGAUCGAAGCCAACGCUUGGUCUUAAAUAUUAUGUUGUACUAGAAAUAGUCCCUUCAAUAAUUUCAAAACAUAUUGUUGAAGCUGUCGCAUUGCUGUAUUACUAGUACUACUAGUAAAAGAGGAUAUUCUCAGCUUUUGACAGUUCUGUAAUAAUAACUGACAAAUUACCAUUAUAAAUAAUUUGUUACAGAGGUUUUAGUGUAUUUGUAGUUUGUACAAUGUACUGUACAUAGUAAAAACAAAGAGACUUUUUUCUUUUCUUGAUAAGAAGAAAAGAGUUGUUCUAUGUAGAAAUGUUGUUGCUACAAUAAGGCACAAAAGGAAAACAAUGACAGACAUUACACAGAUCUAUUAUAUUAAUGUCACUGUCAACUUCUUCUGAAAACCUAUUUUAUCAAAAAACAGAAAAUAAACAAAACUUCUGAAAUUAAUUUUACACCCUCCUCUUCGAUGCACCAUAUAUCAUGUUGUUGAGACUAAUUAUUAAGACUCGGUGUAUUUGAGUAUUAGUAAUGAUUCAUCUCUACCGGCUCUACCUACCAGCUAACAGUAAAAUGGGUCGUCUAUGAAUGAGGAUUUAACUUUUUUUUUAAUAACCUACUUAUAUAUAGAUACUGUAUUAUAUAAAGAAACAUUUACACUUUAGAGCAUGAUUAUCCCUAGAACCCAUUAUAGUCUCUUAAUCAAUUGUUUAGUAAUAAAUGUGUGUUAAGAAUUUUAGUUAAGAGACAUCUAAAUUUUUGUCCUCCAUUGCAAGUUUCUUAAAUAAUGGUUCUUAAACAAAAUUACACAACACCAAUCAACCAUUAAAAAACUGAAGCUUUUUCUAUGUAAAAUUGUUAAACAACAUAAAUAGGGAGGAGAGUAUCCUAAUAUAUACGAAAAAAGGCAGAGUGAUGGUUCGAGUUCACAGAAACACCACUGUAAAUUUAAUAUGUAUACCUUCAGAGACGGCGUUAACUUGGUUUAGGGCAUCGAGAGCAGACUCAAAGGGGUGAAAUGCUGUGAGCUGGACAACACGGCCAAAGCGACUGAGGUCGGAGACU